AUGCUAUCAGGCGUGCUCCUCUUCAACCAAAAGGGCGAGCUGCUCAUCAUGCGAGCCUUCAGACAAGACAUGCGCCCACGCCUGGCCGACGUCUUCCGCAUCCAAGUCAUCUCCAACGCGCAAAUCCGCUCGCCCAUCCUCACCCUCGGCAGCACGACCUUCAGCCACAUCAAGAACGAGAAUCUCUACAUCGUCGGCGUGUCAAAGGGCAACGUCAACGCCGCCCUCGUCUUCGAAUUCCUCUACAAACUCGCCGGCUUGGGCAAGGCGUAUUUCGGACGCUUCGAUGAGGAGGCUGUUAAGACCAACUUCGUCAUGGUGUACGAGCUGCUGGAUGAGAUUUUGGAUUUUGGAUACCCGCAAGGCACCGAUGCUGAGACGCUGAAAAUGUAUAUCACGACUGAAGGCGUAAAGAGUGAGCGAGCGUUGGAGGAUAGUAGUAAGAUUACCAUGCAAGCCACUGGAGCUUUGAGUUGGAGAAGAGACGGCAUCAAGUACCGAAAGAACGAGGCUUUUGUCGACGUGAUCGAGGAUGUCAACCUGCUUGUCUCCGCAUCAGGCACUGUUCUCCGUGCGGACGUCAACGGGACAAUCGACAUGCGCGCAUACCUGUCAGGCACACCAGAAUGCAAAUUCGGCCUCAACGAUAAGCUCACGCUUGGAGAGAAUGGUGCAGGCACCGACUUGAGCAUGCAAACCAGCACCAAGGGUGGAAAGAAAGCCUCCAAGGCCGCUGCAGGAUCUGUCACACUCGAAGACGUCUCCCUACAUCAAUGCGUCAAGCUGUCCUCUUUCACCAACGAUCGCACAAUCUCCUUCAUCCCUCCCGACGGAAGCUUCCAACUAAUGACCUACCGCGCCACCGAGAACGUCAACCUGCCUUUCAAAGUUCACGCCAUCGUUAACGAAGUCGGCAAGACUAAAGUCGAGUACUCCAUCGGCAUCCGGGCGAAUUAUGGCAACAAACUCUACGCUACCAAUGUUGUCGUCAAAAUUCCCACACCCCUCAACACCGCUUCCACAACGCAUCGCGCCAGUCAGGGCAAAGCAAAGUACGAGCCGUCAGAAAAUGCCAUCGUGUGGAAGAUUGCACGCUUCACGGGGCAGUCAGAGUACGUCUUGACCGCCGAGGCGGCGCUCAGCGCCAUGACAACACACAAAGCUUGGUCACGGCCACCGUUAAGCAUGCAAUUUUCGCUGCUCAUGUUCACUAGCUCGGGACUGCUAGUGAGAUAUCUGAAGGUGUUUGAAAAGGGAAACUAUUCCAGCGUCAAAUGGGUGCGAUAUAUGACCCGGGCGGGGUCAUACGAAAUUCGAUUCUGA